CUGCAUUGACUUCGAAGUGUGCGGUGUGCGAGUGAAUUGCGUGCGUGAAAAUCUAUCAAGGGAUACGCGACGUAUACGCAAUAUAUUUGAGUGCCAAAACAAAGCGUGUAUAUGUAGGCGCGUGUGCCUGUGUGUAUAUAUGUGUUUGUUGUACUCGUACAUAUAGCGCCACAUAAUUAUUCAAUUAGUGCAUAACGAGAUAAUCGAGAAAUACGUAUACGAAAUACUCGAUAAAAUGUCAAAAGUGUAAAAAGCGUGCAGCUGAGAGAGAGAGAGAGAGAUUAAGCGAAAGAGCGCAAAAGCAAAGGAAUUUGUAAGCGCGCCGCCUGGGCGAAUGUACAAGAGUGAGAAAGAACGCGCGCAAGAGAGAGAGAGAGACCGAUAAACAAAAACAAGAAACACAAAGCGUGAUAGCAGCGCUCUGAUCUGAACAACAACAACUCAAAAGAAGAGAAGAGAAACAGAAACCGGCCAUCAAAAUGUACAGCGAUCAGCAGUUGGUGUUAGUUAACGGUGGUACGCUCAACAGUAACGACGCUGUCGGCGACGAGCGUCAGUUAAAUUCAACGACAACGAGACACAACAACAGGAACAACAACAACAAUAGUAAUAGCAAUAAUAACAUUCAUAACAAUAGAAGUCAGCAAAUCGUCCCUGUUGGUGAAUUAGUGCAAAACGCGAAUUAUACAAGCAACAACAAAAACCAGAACGGCAGCAAAAGUCAAACAACACAGGCGACAUUAUAUCUGAAUCACAACAACAACAACAACAACAACAGCAACAAUCACGGCAGAAAGAACCCGCCAAAAAACGUUGCAACAACCGCCGCGUGUGUUUAUACAAAUUCCAACAACAACAAUAGCAACAAUUUUAGCAAUUUAAGUUUCUACGCCCAACAACCAACAAGUGACUGCAACUACAACAACUGCAGCAGCAGCAACAACAACCAGGCUUAUCAACAACCACAACUGCAGCAAUCGGAGCAGUACGAGGAGAAUUUUGACGACGACAUGGAGGCUGAACGUGAUCUUGCCGAGGAUGCGCAAUGGAAGAAAAUCCAACAGAACACCUUUACACGCUGGGCUAAUGAGCAUCUGAAGACCAUUGAUCGUUCCAUUAACAAUCUGGAAACUGAUCUCUCUGAUGGCCUACGAUUGAUUGCCCUUAUCGAGGUGUUAUCCCAGAAGCGUUUGCCCAAAUAUAAUAAACGUCCAACAUUCCGCAGCCAGAAACUUGAGAACGUAUCGGUUGCACUCAAAUUCCUUCAGGAUGAGGGCAUUAAAAUUGUUAACAUUGACUCUUCGGAUAUUGUCGACUGCAAACUGAAGCUGAUAUUGGGUUUAAUAUGGACGCUCAUUCUCCACUAUUCGAUAUCGAUGCCCAUGUGGGAUGGCGAGGAUGAGAAGCAAUUGAAUGGCUCGGGUCCAACGCCCAAGCAGCGCUUGUUGAAUUGGAUACACGCCAGGAUACCCGAUAUGCCCAUUAAUAACUUCACCAAUGACUGGACCACAGGCAAAGCGGUUGGCGCUUUGGUUGAUGCGUGUGCUCCUGGUCUGUGUCCCGACUGGGAGAUGUGGGAUCCCAAGGAUGCUGUGCAGAAUGCCUCCGAGGCCAUGGGUCUGGCAGAUGAUUGGCUUAAUGUGCGUCAACUGAUCAAACCGGAGGAGUUGGUUAAUCCCAAUGUGGAUGAGCAGUCGAUGAUGACAUACUUGUCGCAAUAUCCCAACGCCAAGUUGAAGACGGGUGCUCCAUUGCGGCCAAAGACGAAUCCCAACAGCAUUCCUCCGCCGCGAGUGCGUGCUUAUGGACCUGGCAUCGAACCCAUCGGUCCUGUGGUUGGUGCUCCUGCCAAUUUCACCGUUGAAACUUUCUCCGCAGGCAAGGGUGUUGUUGAUGUGGACAUUGAGGGACCCAACGGGGUGGUGGAAAAGGCCGAUGUGCGUUUCAACAAUGACAAGAAUCUCACGUACACGAUUUCUUACAUCCCGAAGGCGGAGGGCGUACACAAGGUGACCGUUAAGUAUUCGGGCCGUGAUAUUCCCAAGUCGCCGUUCCCCGUCAAGGUCGAGGGACACGCUGGCGAUGCCUCGAAGGUGAAGGUAACCGGUCCAGGCAUUCAACCCAGUGGGGUGACCAUCAAGAAGCCUACAUUCUUCGAUAUACUCACAAAGGAUGCGGGUCGUGGUGUGCCCGAGGUGAUCAUCAUUGAUCCGGCCAAUCAUAAGACAUCGGUUGCUGCCAAGGUUCGUCAGUUGGAGAAUGAUACUUGGCGCUGCGAAUACGUCACCGCACUGCAGGGACUCCAUUCGGUGAAUGUGUUCUUUGCCGGCACUCCCAUCCCGAACAGUCCAUUCCCUGUCAAGGUGGCGCCUCUUUCCGAUGCCCGCAAGGUUCGUGUCUCCGGACGUGGCCUCCAGGCGACUGGUGUUCGUGUGGGAGACGAUGCGGACUUUAAGAUCCACACCGAGGGGGCUGGCGAGGGUGUGCCCGAAGUGCGCGUCAUUGGACCUGGUGGCAUGAACCAGAACGUCAUGCAGUCCAAGGUGGAUGGCAAUACCUAUGAGUGCCAUUACUAUCCCACCAAGGAAGGUCGCUAUGUGGUCAUGGUCACCUUCAGUGGCCAGGAAGUGACCAAGUCACCGUUCGAGGUGAAAGUUGGACCCAAGAAGGAAUCCUCCAUUGUUGCCUAUGGUCCUGGUUUGAGCAGUGGAGUCAUUGGUUAUCCGGCUGCCUUUGUGGUUGAGACGAAUGGUGAGACUGGCGCUUUGGGCUUCACUGUGGCCGGUCCCUCGCAGGCCGAGAUCGAGUGUCAUGAUAAUGGUGAUGGCUCCGCAUUGGUCAAGUAUCAUCCAACUGCCGUGGGAGAGUAUGCCGUGCACAUUCUCUGCGACAACGAGGACAUACCCAAGUCACCCUUCAUUGCUCAGAUACUGCCAAGGACUGACUUCCAUCCCGAGCUGGUCAAGGCCAGCGGUCCAGGGCUGGAGAAGAACGGCGUUACCAUCAAUCAGGCUACCAGCUUCGAUGUGGACACCAGCAAAGCUGGCAACGCUCCGCUCGAUGUCGUUGUCCAGGAUGUUUACGGCAGCAAGUUGCCCGUACAGAUUAAAAACAAUCCCGAUGGCACCAAGAAGGUCUCCUACACGCCCACUUCCGGCGUACCUCACACUGUAGAAGUCAACUAUGGUGGCGUCUCCACGCCUAAUUCGCCGCAUCGCAUAUACGUGGGCGUGCCCGUGGAUGCCUCAAAGGUGCAAGCCUUUGGCCCCUGGCUGCAACCUGGUGUGCGUCCUAAUGUGCCCACCCACUUCAACGUGGAUGCUCGCGAAGCCGGCGAUGCAGAGCUGAAGGUUAAAGUGGUUCAUGAGGACACGAAAUUGGACGUGCCAUGUCGCAUCAUCGACAACGAGGACAGCACGUACUCGGUUGAGGUCAUUCCACCCAUGAAGGGAGCCUACACCACAACCAUGACCUAUGGCGGUCAGCGAGUGCCUCUGGGACAGAAGGUCGUGGUCGAACAGACGGUGGAUGUGUCCAAGAUCAAGGUGGACGGACUCGAGCCUACCGCGCCCCUGAACAGUUUGCAGCAGUUUCGCAUUAUCACCCACGGUUUGCCCAAGGCGGAUUUGGCCGUGACGAUCACGAGUCCGUCGGGCAAUCGAAUUAAGGCUCACAUCAUACCCACUGCUGAGGGAUUUCUGGUAAAUUUUACGCCCACCCAAUUGGGCGAGUACUUGUUGAGCAUUUGCUUUGGCGGCACACCGAUAACGCCACGCCCCUUCCGCCUGCAAUGUCUGACCGGCAGUGAUUCCAACAAGGUGCACGCCUUUGGUCCCGGAUUGGAGCGUGGCAUUGUCGGACAGCCGGCGGAGUUUAUGAUCGAUACACGUGGCGCUGGCCAAGGUGGAUUGGGAGUAACUGUUGAGGGUCCCUGCGAGGCGGCCAUCAAUUGUCGGGACAAUGGAGAUGGCACCUGCAAUGUGGCCUAUUUGCCCACCGAGGCGGGCGACUACAGUGUCAACAUCACGUUCAACGAGCGACACAUCACAGGCUCACCAUUCCAGCCGAUCAUUGUGCCAGUUCCGAAUCUGAAGAACACUCGUGUCAGUGGCAUCGGCAUUCAGCCGCAUGGUGUCAUUAUGAAUGCCGCCACCGACUUCAUGGUGGAUAUGAGCAAAGUGGGCAGCAAUAUUGACUCUGGGAAACUUUCCUGCGCCAUCUUCGAUCCCAUGGGACAUGUGCUGCCCAGCAAGAUUGUCCAGGGACCCACGGAUGACAUUUUCCGCAUCAUGUACACACCCUUUGAGGCAGGUCGUCACACCAUUGAGCUGAUGUACGAUAAUAUUCCCGUUCCGGGCUCACCGUUUGUGGUGAAUGUGAAGAGCGGCUGUGAUCCAACACGUUGCAAGGCCUAUGGCCCGGGAUUGGAGAAGGGUUUGACCAAUCAGAAGAACAAGUUUACGGUGGAAACUAAGGGUGCUGGAAAUGGUGGCUUAUCUCUGGCCAUUGAAGGUCCCUCCGAGGCCAAGAUGACGUGCACAGAUAAUCGUGAUGGCAGCUGUGAUGUGGAUUAUCUGGCCACGGAUCCGGGAGAGUAUGAUAUAACCAUUCGUUUUGCGGAUAAACAUAUACCCGGUUCGCCGUUCCGUGUGCUCGUCGAGGAGACUGUGGAUCCCAGCAAGGUAAAGGUCUAUGGACCGGGCAUUGAGCAUGGCCAGGUGCGAGAGGGUGUGCCAACUGUAUUCAAUGUGGAUGUGGGCGAGGCUGGACCUGGUCGCAUUGCCGUUAAGCUGACCAACACCGAGGGUAUUCCCGUUGAUAAUCUGAGUGUGGAGGACAAGGGUAAUUGCAUUUAUGCGGUCCACUAUGUGCCGCCCAAGGCGGGAUCUAUUCUGACCUGCCAGGUCAAGUUUGCCGACGUCGAGGUGCCUUGCAGUCCAUUUGUGAUGACCGUCUUUCCCAAAUCGGAGGCGACCAAGGUUCGUGUUAAGGGUGUCAAUGAGAAGAAGAAGACGCCCGCCUCAUUGCCAGCUGAAUUUGAGAUUGACACCAAGCAGGCUGGACAGGCGGACAUCAAUGUGGCCAUCAAGAAUCCCAAGGGGAAACCCAUGCAACCGCGUCUCGAGGAGGUGGCCAGCGGCACCUAUGUGGUCUCCUUUGUGCCGGACGAGUGUGGCACUUAUCAGUGCAGCAUCAAGUAUGGCGACAAGGAAAUCGAAGGAUCACCCUUCAAACUCGAAGCAUUCCCCACCGGCGAGGCCAAGAAAUGCAAGCUGGUGGAGCAGGUGCCCAAGAUUCAGUCAUCCGGCAGUCAAUCCCACUUGAAAGUCGAUGCCCGUGAAGCUGGCGACGGUGCUGUCACCUGUAAGAUUACCAACAAGGAAGGCAGCGAAAUUGUGGACAUUGAUGUGAUCGAAAAGGAUGGCUUCUUUGACAUCCUGUAUGCCUUGAACGAUCCUGGGGAUUAUGAUAUCAACGUCAAGUUCGGUGGCAAGGAUAUUCCGAAUGGCAGCUUCUCCAUUAAGGCUGUCGAAAGCAUCGAACAAUACUCGCACAGUGAAUUCGUCGAGGAGCAUACGACCAAAGUGAUUUCGCAAACAAAAACACAGAGCGAACUUGUCAACGGAAAAUCGGAAAUUACAUAUCGAAGUGUUGCCUUUGAGAAAUUGCCACUACCCACUACCGGCGGAAACGUUACAGCUGAAGUCAAAAUGCCAAGUGGUAAGGUAGACAAACCCGUUAUUCAGGACAACCGUGAUGGUACCGUCUCCGUGAAGUACGAUCCACGCGAGGAGGGAUCGCACGAGCUGGUUGUUAAAUACAAUGGCGAGCCAGUUCAAGGAUCUCCCUUCAAAUUCCAUGUGGAUUCCAUAACCUCCGGCUAUGUGACCGCCUAUGGACCCGGUCUGACCCAUGGCGUCACUGGCGAGCCCGCCAACUUUACAAUCUCCACCAAGGGCGCCAGUGCAGGAGGAUUGACCAUGGCUGUCGAGGGUCCCAGCAAGGCAGAUAUCAACUACCAUGACAACAAAGAUGGCACUGUCUCUGUGCAGUAUCUGCCCACUGCUCCAGGUGAAUACCAGGUGUCGGUUCGCUUUGGUGAUAAGCACAUCAAGGGAUCACCCUACUUUGCCAAGAUCACGGGCGAGGGCCGCAAGCGUAACCAGAUUUCGGUUGGUUCCUGUUCGGAGGUGACCAUGCCUGGUGACAUCACCGACGAUGAUCUGCGUGCUCUGAAUGCUUCUAUUCAGGCGCCCAGUGGCUUGGAGGAACCUUGCUUCCUUAAGCGCAUGCCCACCGGAAACAUUGGCAUUUCCUUUACUCCCCGCGAAAUCGGCGAGCAUAUGGUGUCCGUGAAGCGGCUGGGCAAGCACAUCAACAACUCACCCUUCAAGGUGACCGUGUGCGAGCGUGAGGUGGGCGAUGCCAAGAAGGUCAAGGUCGGCGGAACGGGCCUCAAGGAGGGUCAGACCCACAGUGACAACAUUUUUAGCGUGGACACACGCAAUGCCGGCUUCGGCGGUCUCUCUGUCUCCAUCGAGGGUCCCAGCAAGGCGGAGAUCCAGUGCACGGAUAAGGACGAUGGCACACUCAACAUCUCCUAUAAGCCAACGGAGCCAGGUUACUACAUUGUCAAUCUGAAGUUUGCCGAUCACCAUGUGGAAGGUUCCCCCUUCACCGUCAAGGUGGCCGGCGAGGGCAGCAACCGCAAGCGUGAGAAGAUUCAGCGGGAACGCGAUGCAGUUCCCAUCACCGAAAUUGGCAGCCAGUGCAAGUUGACCUUCAAGAUGCCCGGCAUCACUUCAUUCGAUUUGGCCGCCUGCGUCACCUCGCCCAGCAAUGUCACCGAGGAUGCGGAGAUCCAGGAGGUGGAGGAUGGCCUCUAUUCGGUGCACUUUGUGCCCAAGGAACUGGGCGUACACACCGUCUCCGUGCGCUACUCGGAGAUGCACAUACCCGGCUCACCCUUCCAGUUCACCGUGGGUCCACUGCGUGACUCUGGCAGCCAUUUGGUCAAGGCCGGAGGAUCGGGUCUGGAACGGGGCGUUGUCGGCGAGGCAGCCGAGUUCAAUGUGUGGACACGCGAAGCUGGCGGCGGUUCGUUGGCCAUUUCCGUGGAGGGUCCCAGCAAGGCGGACAUUGAGUUCAAGGAUCGCAAGGACGGCAGCUGCGAUGUCUCCUACAAGGUGACAGAACCGGGAGAGUAUCGUGUCGGUCUCAAGUUCAACGAUCGUCACAUCCCCGACUCGCCAUUCAAGGUCUACAUCUCGCCGGAUGCCGGUGAUGCCCACAAACUGGAGGUGCAACAGUUCCCACAGGGCAACAUCCAGGCGGAUGCUCCCUACCAGUUCAUGGUGCGCAAGAAUGGCGCCAAGGGUGAGCUGGAUGCCAAGAUUGUGGCCCCGUCCGGCACCGAUGACGAUUGCUUCAUCCAGGUGAUUGACGGUGAAAUGUAUUCGGUGCGUUUCUAUCCACGUGAGAACGGCAUCCAUGCCAUCCACGUCAAGUUCAAUGGCGUCCACAUACCCGACUCUCCGUUCAGAAUCAAGGUCGGCAAGGAUGUCGCCGAUCCGGCUGCGGUGCAUGCCAGCGGCAAUGGCUUGGACGAGGUGAAGACUGGCCACAAGGCGGACUUUAUCAUCAACACGUGCAAUGCGGGAGUUGGCACAUUGGCCGUCUCCAUCGAUGGACCCUCCAAGGUGGCCAUGGACUGCACAGAGGUCGAGGAGGGCUACAAGGUGCGCUACACACCAUUGCUGCCCGGGGAGCACUACAUCACGGUCAAAUACAACAACAUGCACAUCGUGGGAUCACCAUUCAAGGUGCACGCCACCGGCGACAGUCUGGCCGAUGAAGGUGCACAGGAAACGUCCUCGGUCAUUGUGGAGACGGUGCAGAAGGUUGCCAAGGGUGGCAAAAACACUGGCGUCCAUCUGCCCAACUUUAAGUCCGAUGCCAGCAAGGUAGUGUCCAAGGGCAUGGGAUUGAAGAAGGCCUACAUGGGCAAGCAGAAUCAGUUCAGCAUCUGUGCCACAGAUGCGGGCAACAACAUCCUCUACGUGGGCAUGUACGGACCCAAGGGACCCUGCGAGGAGUUCCAUGUGAAGCAUGCUGGGCACAACAACUACAAUGUGCAGUAUCUGGUGCGCGAUCGUGGCCAGUACGUGCUCCUAAUCAAAUGGGGCGAAGAGCAUAUACCCGGCUCCCCAUUCCAGAUCGAUGUUUAGGCCAUUAGCCAAAUUAUCAUACAUACAUACAUACAUAUAUUCAUAAAUACAUACAUACAUGCAUACGAUGAUUUAUAUAACCCACUGAAUAUGGGCGCUAUAUAUUGUGAACCGAUCUGUUCGUCCGUUCCUCCCAGUCUGUUCCAUUUUCAUUCAGGGUCUAAUUUCUGUGUGUGUGCUUUGCUUCAUGAUUGUCUUUGUUUUUAAUUUUAAUUCUUUGACUAUCAUUAUUAUAAGUGAUUAUUAUUUUUUGUUAUUUGUACAUAAAAAAAAGAAAAGAAGAUAAAUGAAAAGUGUAUUCGACUUGAAAAAUGUUUGUGCGCCAUUUUCACAUUUAUUCAAUAAUUUGUUUUUGUGUGAAUACUGAAAACUACAAGAUUAUCCACAAACAAAAUUAAAUGCAUUCAAUUCAUUUUUAUAAUCGAUAUAAAAAUUCGAGUCAACACAAGAAAUGUUUAAAUGCGAAUAAAUCUCUUAAUCAAUUAUUUAAUACUUAAGCAAACAAACAUUUAUGAAGAUGAUUAUUAUGAUUAUGACGUAUUAUGUUUUUUAUUAUCACUAUCGACAUGUAAUUUACGUAAACUCAAAUAAACAAAUUAAA